UUCUUUUUUGCAACUCCAACAAAACUCGGGAUAUAUGGUUUCAAGGCGUUUUUUAGCGUCUGGAGCUUUCCUAAGAACCAUGAAAGCUGUAGUGAUUAUCGGCACUAUCUUCGGCGCCGUCCUUUUUCUCCUCUGGCCUCAAGAAACAGAAGCAAAGAAGACAAAUAAGGGGCCUUUAGUCACAGACAAGAUUUACUUUGAUGUGAGCAUUGGUGGUGAUAAGAUUGGCCGCAUUGUCUUUGGAAUUUUUGGAAAGACUGUUCCAAAAACCGCAAAGAACUUCAAACUUCUUGCUACGGGUGAGAAAGGUUAUGGCUACAAAGGGAGUAUUUUUCACAGAAUUAUAAAAGAUUUUAUGAUCCAAGGUGGAGAUUUCAUCAACAAAGAUGGUACUGGAGGACGUAGUAUAUAUGGUGACAGAUUUGAUGACGAGAACUUCAAACUGAAGCACUAUGGCCCAGGAUGGCUUAGCAUGGCAAAUGCUGGCAAAGACACCAAUGGCUCUCAGUUCUUCAUCACAACUGUCAAGACCUCCUGGCUGGAUGGCAAACAUGUGGUCUUUGGAAAAGUUCUGGAGGGGAUGGAUGUUGUUCGUAAACUUGAGAAUGUGAAUGUCAAAGGGAGCACGCCUGUCAAAACAUGUAUGAUUGAUGAUAGUGGCACACUACCUCUAGACAAGCCCUUCAAUGUGGAGAAGUCCUAGGAGAAAUGAACUCUGUUGGAUUCAUCAAAAACGAGCCGGGUGCUUAGCUAGCCCCCUGGCCAACCUGCACACCUCGUGCUCAAAUGGGGAGGAUCUGGGACCGACACAGAAAGCGGCUGCAAAGGAGGCUAGGUGCCUAGCAAGUGUGCUGGUUGACCAGAUUUUACACAAUUUCACAAAAUAUCUAAACCUGCGACCCCCCCCC